AUGUCUACACCUCCGAGCAAAGAGGUCGGUGGUUCGGAAGGAAAGAAGACGGAUGCCGCCGAGAAGAAGCAGGAAAAGUCAUAUUUUGCGAGUGCGGUCGAAUCAAUAAACCCGUGGAAUUCCAACCGGAGCACGACGCCGGUGCCCAAGGACAAAGAGAUGCCGCCUCCGCCAAAACCGGCGCCGACCAAAAAGGCCGACGACCACUCCAGUAGCACACUAUAUGGCCAAAGCUUCAGGAAAUACCCCUCGGACUGUCCGCCGCUCCACGUCAAGUGGUUUCACGCCGUUGAUGUGCCGAAACGAAAACCGCAGUAUACAAAGAGCAAGAAAGAGAAGGAACCGGCUAAACCGGUCCCUGCGCCAAAGAAGUUUAAUCCCUUUUCGAAGAAUGAUUCAAAAGCCAUUGAAAAUGCGUACCAGAAACUACUGGAAGAGUGGGAGGACAACCGUGGCAGAGGGGCAGCCAUUAGGCAUAUGCGAUCAGACUCUCUGAGAAGGCGUACCGGUUCGAGCAAAGACCAGACCAAUACCAGCAUUGACUCGGAUUCGACCAGUCAACACCAGGCGGUUCGCGUCCCCGUCAAUGAGGACUUUCUAUUCGACGUCGACAUUGAGCAGCGCGAGCUGGCUCCUGUAUACUGGCUCGGCCCGAUAUAUGAUGUGCAAAGAGGAACUUGGUUCUAUCAGGAAGGGUCGACGUUGCGCCCAUGCGAAGAAAACCUUGCCGCGCAGCUCGAAGAGGGAUAUCUCAAGGUCAAGCCGUGGACGUAUCCGGAAACGAGAAGUCGUAGCAGCUCUGGGGCCAAGUCCAAUCUAACACCAAAAGGCUCCAGAGAUAGCUUGAGAUCAAAAGCUUCGAGAGAGAGUAUCAAGCCAAUAGCUACGGCACAAACCGAGCCUAUUUCGAAAACUCAACCUAUCCCGACCAGCGCACCCCAGCACCAACCCCAGACAUACCGGUUGUUCGGCGCCUACAUGAACUCAAUCGCGACUUACCAAGACUCCACAACGGCAUGGCUCUCUACGGACGGAGUCUUGUCAUGGGUUACGUCCUCAGUCUAUCAGAGGUUCGCUGGUGGUGGAUAUCUGAGCGGCGUGAAGCUCGUCCGCGGUUACACGGAACCGAAAAAGACCAAGGAUGAGAAGCGCCCAACCACUCCAACCACUGCGGCACUUCCCCAGCAAAUACAAACAGAGGAUGACAAGGAAUCCAAGGCGCUCAAACGCAGAUCUGCUCCACCUCUGGCACGCGCAGAGUCAACCACAAACCUCGAGGAGGAAGCUGUGGGCCGCCCAAGUCGGGAAAGUCAGCUCCAACGGCAGAUUUCAAACUACAUUGAGACUGCCGAUGAUCCCGAGGCACAACAGGAGCAAAUCAGGAAACGAGAAGAGCAAGAAAUACAAGACGACUACAAUGCACAAGCUGGCGAGACUCAAGGACGUGAUAUUGAGCACCUCAUCCUCGUAACACAUGGCAUCGGACAACAACUCAGUCUUCGUAUGGACAGCAUCAAUUUUGUCCAUGACGUCAAUGUUCUUCGCAAAACUUUAAAGGGUGUCUACUCUCAUUCAGACGACUUGCGCGCCUUGAACUCUGAGAUUGAGGGGGGCCCAGGCAACUGCAAGGUUCAAGUUCUGCCCGUGUGUUGGAGGCACUUGCUAGACUUUCCCAAACGUCGAGAGAAGAAGGCAGAACAUGAUAUAGGCAUGGCAUUCGAUGAAGAGGACGAAUACCCUUCUCUUGAAGACAUUACUAUCGAGGGAAUCGCGUUUGCCCGGUCUCUGAUUAGUGAUCUUGCUCUGGAUGUCCUUUUAUAUCAAUCUGCAUAUAGGAAGCAGAUCUCGGAUAUCGUUCUUCUGGAAUCCAACAGGAUAUACAAGCUCUUCAAGGAGCGCAAUCCAGAAUUCAAGGGCAAGGUCCACAUCAUGGGCCAUUCACUUGGUAGCGCCAUCAUGUUUGAUAUCUUGUGCCGCCAAAGGGAUGCCGCCAAGCACGAACAGCAGUUGCGCAACCCGCUCCGGAUCUGGCCCUCGUCUAAUGAUCGGGCCAAUCGGGCACGCGAAGAGACCCAAGAUCUCGCCUUUGACUUUGACGCGGACGACUUCUAUUGUCUUGGCUCACCCGUGGGCCUCUUUCAGAUGCUCAAGGGACGGACCAUGGCAGCUCGGCGCUCGCCCAAUGCAAAGCCUUCAGAAAGCCCGCUUGAGCCCGACUUUUUGGACGAUCCCUUCAAUAUGGCAGAUCCAACCGAGCGCCUGUCCCCUAUAACAGGUCACCCAUUCUCUGUGUCAUCACCCAAGGUUGCGCAAAUGUUCAACAUAUUUCACCCGUCGGAUCCCAUUGCCUACCGCAUGGAACCAUUGAUUUCUCCUGCAAUGUCGACACUCAAGCCUCAGCUGCUGCCAUAUACGAAAAAGGGUAUUUUUGAUGCUCAGGUUCAAGGUUUGUCAGGUAUCGGAAUGAAGGUUGGCCAGUCCGUCUCUGGUCUUUGGUCCAGUAUAUCUGGCAGUAUCACAUCAUCAUUGCUUAACAGAUCUCUUGGGCUGAGCAAUGAUGACGUGGCAAACUUUCAGUCCCAGCAACAACAACAGGCUGCUGGAAAUGGUUCGGGCACCUCACAGGCUGGGAACAAUGGCAGUUCUAAUGCCGUGAUUGGUGCCGGCGGUAAGGGUGGUGCCGUCAUCUCGGACACCACUGCGCAACAGAAGCAGACCGAGGCGCGCAAGAAGGCGUUGGCAAAGCGCACAACCACUAGCACGAAUGUGCCAACCCUUGGCCAGGAGGAGAGUGACAGCGUGACGCUGAUUGACGACGACAUGGAGACGCUCUUCAGUCAGUUCCAAAAGAAGCGCGUCGAGGCCAUGAGCCGCGCCGAUGAGGCUCACAAAGUACUGGGUGACGAGUGGAAGGAGCAGGAGCUCAAGGCUCAGAAGCUUAGGAGGGAGGAGCUCAAGGUCCGCGCACUGAACCGAAAUGGCAGGGUGGAUUACAGCAUCCAGGAGAGCGCCCUUGACUUUAACCCUAUCAACACCAUUGCAUCACACAUGUCAUACUGGCAGGACGAGGACAUCAGCCAUUUUAUCCUUUCACAACUCCUUUCUAGGCCUAAGAAGGAGUAA